UUCAACAAGGACUGCCUAAUACCUCAUUUAUCUUUUUUACCAAGCAUUAUCAUAUCCAAUAUGUUGGCCAAGACUCUCCUAUUCGCCAGCACGGCUUCGGCCACUUGCCUUCACGGUGUCUUCAAGCGCGCUGAAGGCGGCAUUGAGCCUCCCGCGUUUGGCUACGAUGCUAUGAACGGACCUCAUGUGUGGGCUGGACUGAAGGAGGAGAACAAGGCUUGCAGUUCCGGCCAAGUUCAGUCACCCAUCAACAUUGACAGCUCCGUCCAACAGGCCGCUGCCAAACCCGAAAUCAACUUCCCUCAAGCACCAGUCAAGUUCGAGAACUUGGGCACCACCAUUGAGGUUAUCAUGAACGGCACCACCAAGGUCGGCGACGCAGAGUUCACCUUGAAGCAAUACCACAUCCACACACCGUCCGAGCACCGCAUCAACAGGGAGUAUUCCCCACUUGAAGUGCACAUGGUUCACACAUCUACCGCCGACCCCACCCAAGUCGCCGUUAUCGCGCUCAUGUUCGAGCUCAGCACCGAGGAAUCUGCCCCAAUCAUCGCAGGCAUCACCCCAUCCCUCUCGCAGAUCACAGCCGUCGGCACCGAGACCGACAUCGAAGCCGGCAUCGACACCACCAGCCUCGCAGCACACAUCGCUUCCUCCAAUGUCCUCCAAUACACCGGAUCCCUCACCACCCCUCCCUGCUCCGAAGGCGUAACCUUCAUGAUCGUCGAGGACCCGCUCCCAAUCUCCGUCGCAGACUUCAACGCCAUCAAGAAAGUCGUCAAGUUCAACAGCCGCUUCACCCAGAACACGCUCGACCAGCAGAACCUCAUCGGCGUUGCUGCCGAGGUCGCCGCGGGAAACACCACCAUGGUUGAGGCCGUUCGCGCUGCCCACGCCGCGACACUGACUGAGAGCGGUGCAGGCGAGGUGUCGAACGGCACUACGCCUGUUGAAGCUGCUGCCCCUUCGGCCUCUGCCCCCGCCGCUGCUGCUAAGCCUAUGGUGUCCGUCAUCAACAUCAACAUGGGCAUGGCUGUCGGUGGUAGCGUCGCUGCUGAGAUCGCUGCCAACGCGCCCAAGCCGGGCGAGACUGUUGCCAUCACUGAGAUGUCGGGUGCUCCUAUGCCCACCCCGAUUGCCGGUAUUGUACAGCGUCGUCGCGCUGCUAGGAACAGCUUGUAAAUGUGGACGACUGCAUUUCAAGUAAUGCUUCU